CUCAAGGUUCGAGUUUUACUCUGGACCUUAUGUCAGCUGGCCUAGCGACGUCCUUGGGGCACCGCGCACAAUUGCAGAGUACAAUGUGUUUGACCACGACAGAGAGUUCAACUGGCCUGGAGAGUGUCGAAAUCCUUCGCUGGUCUGCGUACUUGCAGAAGCCGCCCUUCUAAGCACCCAUUGUAAGCUUCAUUGGGAGCGAGCAUUCUCGCUUUGGUCCAUGAAGAACUACGUCAAGUUCAUUCAGACUUACUACACCAGAGUGUCAGACGUGAUUACCACUACCAGCCUCCGAACGGCCGAAAUCUCAUCAACAUUCAUCGCCCCAGGAUCUUCAACACUCGAGAUGUCUCCAGCUGCCUGGAUGACUAUUGCAUCGAGAGGUUUCACUGCAGUUGGCGCCUUUCUUGGCCCAGCUGGUGGUAUAGCCGACGGUGUCGCUGGUCUUCUUACAGCUGCGGCCGGUGUUGCAGGUGCAGCAAAUUCGGAUGCCACCGACCCCCGGUUUACCAACUUCGCGGGACUGAAUACCAAGCUGGCAGACAUGAAACUAGCGAUUCAGUCUGCUAUGGAGGCGUAUUUCCAACGACUCUUCGUGAAUUCUCCUCCGAAUCAUGAUAAUUCAAGGGGUACCGAACUAGCCAACUUGCUAUCAUCGGGAUAUUGGGCAAACCAGGAUCUGGCAUCGCUCAGUGCCCCAACGUAUGGUCAUUAUGCGGUGGUCUAAGGACAAGCUCAAUGAUAUGAGAGGCAAGCACUAUGAUCCCUUCUUCGGUAAGCCGAUAGAUGAUCAACUGGAUGACUGGGUUGCUUGCGCAAACGACCGGA